GCUGCAGUGUUGUUAGUUUGAACAAAAUGGCUGCGAGACCACUGUCAACGAGAGCUCCCUGAACGCCCACCAUGAGUGUCCGCUCCGCUGUCUGGAUCCACACAGAAUGUAUUUCCCCGGAGUCGCUACCAACUCUGCUUUCGCGGUAGCCAGCCCGUCGCUAGUCGUCCAAUCGGCGACUUAAACAAACGGAGAAAAAAACAUUUCUUUUGCACUUUAAAACAAGUUGGCUGGCUGGCGGCCGUCGGCUUGCUCCGCGAGAACUGAUCGGCGAUUUUUUUUUUUUUUUUUUGCCUGAUUUCUCUGGUUCGAAAAAACCUCGACACGGUCGACGACUUUAGGACGCCAACCAGCUAACGCUAUUUUACAUAAUUUAGCUGCUUUUAAAAGUCAUUCGUGUUGGUUUGUUUUUUUGUUUUUGUUAUUAGUGGUGCUUCGUCCCCUUCCCCGCCCCCCGUUAUAUCGUGACGUUUUAACUAAGUGUUUUUUGGGCGAAUUUAAUUUCACCGCAUAUAUAUUUGAAAUUUCUUUCUUGCUGAAAGCAUAAUUACCGUACUUGCUGUGUGUAUAUCUGGCUGUGUAGCCGUUGUUUACCUCGGUUCCUUGUCACCAAGCUGCUUCAGCAGCAGUCGGCUUAUCUUACCAAGUCUGACUUUAAUUGAGACUAAAUCUCUGCUCCACCUCUUUUUACGGGUAACUUUAGAAAAAGACACCGGAGAAUGAUUUUCUGCAUAUUUUUUGCUCUGCCAUGCAUCGACUUUUGACUGAAAGCUGCCAAAGCUGUGAUUAACGCAAGCUGAGAGAAGCUAGCAACAAAAGAAAGAGAACCAUUUGAUGGAAGAAAAUAAAAAGAAAAAACAAGAAGAAAAGACCAAGAAGGACGUCGCUCAGAAAAAGGCUGCUGAUCAGAAACCCAAAGUGCCAGAGCCUGCUCCCACUAAGCCCCGUCCCGGCCCAUCCCACCACCUCCACCCCGCCAGCCCCACGCUGUCCCUGUCCUCCUCCUCCUCCUCUUCCUCCUCCUCCUCCUCCUCCUCCUCCUCCUCCUCCUCCUCCUCUCCUGGCAAUGGCAAGCGCACCUCCUGCAGUAGCCAGCUCCAGACUCAGACUCCCCCUCAGCAGCAGAGCCAGUUGUCCUGUGCCAGUGCUCGCUACCCGCCCAGAGAGGUGCCCCCACGCUUCCGUCAGCAGGAGCACAAGCAGCUACUGAAGAGAGGCCAGCCACUGCCUUCAGGAGCCCUCAGCGCUCUCACUUUCUCCUCUUCCUCCUCCUCCUCCUCCUCCUCACCCUCUUCUUACUUUCCUUCUUCUACAAGUACCAGCAGCACUACCCCAAACUCUGCCACGUCUACUGCGGGCAGACACCUCCCAGACAUAUCCCUCCAGAGUGGCCCUGGUGCCCACUAUGAGACCUCUCAUUGGGGAACCACUGCACCACUUGACAGCCCCUGUAGUGCCAACAGCUGGGACAAAGUGAUUAUUGACAGAACUGACACAGAAGCUUGGCCCUCAAUCAGCCGCAGCAGUGACCCUAGCCACCCUGCAACACCAGAAUGCCCCUUGGGCUCAGCUAGCUCUAACAGAGACACCAGCGCUGCCACUACUACCAGUGGGAGUAGUUUUCUGAGUAUGGCCACAGGUGCUGCAGGCCAACAGGCCCACUACCCCUCUCUGAAAGCUAACAAUAACAUGAUGACAGGACCCGUGUCUACCAACGCAUUAGCAGGGAAUAGAGGCUGGGGCUCGGAAGGAAAACAAGAUGGUAUGAAUGGCGGCCGAAUAGGAGCCCCAAACAACUGGGGAUCUCCCAAUUUCAACUUGAACCUCAACCCAAAUGCUAACCCCUCGGCCUGGCCGGUUCUUGGCCAUGAGAGCGGUGGAGGUGGUGGCAUUGGACCCAGUGGGGUGUCCAACUCUUCAUCGGUCCCACCUGGAAUUAAUGGCAAUGUAAAUAUUGGAAAUGGGAACCUGGGAGCUUCAGAUAAUGGCGGGGGAGGUUGGGUUGGCAUUUUAAGCGCUAACGAAAAUGAUCAACACAACUCCUCAUCCAACACAAAAUUGUCCUUCAAUAUGGAACCUGCUAACCUUAACACUGAUGGACCAAACCACACUAAACAACAACAAGCUCAGGAGCCAAUGAGUCCUAUCCAUGGCUUAACUGGCUGGGGAGGCCAAUCACCCACUGAAUCAUCCCAGCUCAACGGGGAUACAACUGGCAGCUCUGUAUGGGGUAGUGGAGAAACCAAGGCAGCUGACUCCCCCAAGGACUCAGGCUGGGACUCAGCCCCCUCUGGUGGUCUUUCUGCUUGGGGUCGCCAAGGCAGUGGUGGUGGGAGUAGUGGAAGUGGUGGCUGGGGUGACUGGGGAAAAUCCUCAGGAGGAGGAGAUGCAUCUAAAGGUUGGGAUUCAGUCGAUGCUGGUAGUUCUGGAUCAGGCCAAGAUCAGCAGCUAAGUUCAUGGGGCCAACAGCCUGGGACAGCUCCAGCAAGUGAGGAUAGUGGGGACAGCAGUGAAGGUCGAUCCCGCCGCAGAGACCGAUCCUCUAGCAUGGAAUUUACCCCUGUCCUACCCCGACAAGACUUGGACCCCAGAGUGCUGAGUAACACAGGCUGGGGACAGACCCCCAUCCGACAGCACACCGUGUGGGAGAUGGAAGAAGCCAGCUCUGAUGAUGGAAAGAGCAGUAGCAGUUCUGAUACUAUUGGAGCAUCUAGCUCAAACGGCGGACUCUCAUCAACCAAUGGCGGUACUAUCAACUCCAACAUUGGUAGUGGUCAGAGGCCUGGAUCUGGAGGAAAAAGCGACAGUGAAGGAUCGUCAUCCUCCAGCUGGGGUGCCCCACCACCUCAGCCAAUACAGACUGGAUCAGGGUGGGGUGAUCCCCCACAGUCACUCAGCAAAGCCCCCAAUGGCACCAACAGUGGCUGGGGAGAACCUUUGCCGGCCAAUGGUCCUAAAAAUGGGGGCACGCCAUCCUGGGGUUCUGAAGAGAAGUCGCCUAAUUGGGAUGAUAACGUGAUGAAAACCCAGCCCACUAGUUGGGGCGAGGGCCCCAAGAGCUCCCACGGUUGGGGCAACAGUAAUGGAGGCACCAACGGCUCCAGCACAGGGGACUGGGGGGAGCCAGACGCCAAGAACAGUGGGUCGUCUGGCAGCAUGUGGGAAGGUGAAGGAAGUAACGGAGGAAGUGGUGGAUGGAAGGAAAGCCCAAGAGGAGGGAAUAGAGGAGGAAGCUGGGGUAAACCUGCUCCUGCUGUGAGUAACAGCAGCUGGGGAGAGACCCCACGUACCAAUGGCCCGGUGCAGGGAGGCUGGGGCUCCUCCAAGCCUCAGGAAAGCAGUAGCAGCAGCAGCACCGGGAGUGGAGGAGGCGGCAGCAUAGGUUCUUGGGGUGGUCCCAGUUCUGUGAAACAGAACAACACAAGCUGGGGAAAUGUCAGCAAACAGGAUCAAGGCAUGGAGCCUACUGGCUGGGAAGAGCCUUCUCCUCCCUCCAUCCGCAGGAAGAUGGAGAUUGAUGAUGGAACGUCCACCUGGGGUGAUCCCAAUGCCUACAAUAAAACUGUCAACAUGUGGGAUCGCAACAAUCCCAGUAAUAACCAAGGCAACGGUGGCCCACCUCCGACUAAGAAUGGAGGAAUUAUUAUACCCAACAAUAACAACAACAAUCACUCUGUGGGCCCUGGCAACAACGGUCACCACCACCCUCACCACAUGCACCACCACCCUCAUCAUGGCCAGCCCCCAACUCACCUGCAGCAUCAUGGGAACAACAACGGGUCACCCAACAACGCCGCCUCGCAUUCAGGUGCAGGCCCCCAGGGUAGACCACCCCUCGCCAACCCAGGUUGGGGAGACCUUCCCAGUGUUCAGCCCAAGUCAGAGCCAGCUUGGGGAGAGCCAGCAGCUCCAACAUCAGCCGUAGACAAUGGUACUUCAGCCUGGGGCAAGCCUCCAGGCGGUGUGGGAGGAUGGGGAGAUGGUGGCCACGAGCCCUCUGGCCCCUAUGGCAGAGCCAAUGGACCCCCAGGUGCUGCACCUUGCAAGCCAGGCCCCAAACCUAUGCAAGAUAGCUGGGGAAGUGGAGAGGAGAUGGGCAUGUCCACUGGCCAAUGGGACGCUGAGGAUGGGGAUGUAUGGAACAGCCCAACCUCCCAGGAGAGCAGCUCUUCUUGUAACUCUUGGGGAAAUGGACCCAAGAAGUGCCCCCCCAGCAAGGGGAAGAUGGGCAACAAGCCAGAUGAGGUCUGGAUCAUGAACCGUCUCAUCAAGCAGCUCACUGACAUGGGCUUUCCGAGAGACCCUGCUGAGGAGGCAUUGAAGAGCAACAACAUGAAUCUUGACCAGGCAAUGACUGCCCUGUUAGAGAAGAAGACUGACCUGGACAAGCGGGGCAUGGGCAUAUCUGAUUACAGCAACGGCAUGAACAAGCCUCUUGUUUGCCGGCCCUCUGCACUCUCCAAAGACCCCUCCGACCGCACCACAUUUCUUGACAAGGAUGGUGUCCUGUCAGAUGAUGCCCCUCCAUCACCGUUUUUGCCUUCCCCCAGCCUGAAGCUCCCCCUGGCCAACAGUAGCCUUCCUGGGCAGGGUUUGGGACAGGGCAACCCGGGGCUGGCCAUGCAAAACUUGAACAACAGACAGAUACCCAGUGGAAUGUUUGGCAGUAGUGGAGCAGCACAAACCCGGGCCAUGCAGCAGCAGCCUCCUCAGCCACCAGUGCCACCUCUCAGCUCCUCCCAGCCUAGUCUACGUGCUCAAGUGCCUCAGUUUCUCUCCCCUCAGGUCCAAGCACAGCUCUUGCAGUUUGCAGCAAAAAACAUUGGUCUGAACCCUGCACUUUUAACCUCACCAAUAAACCCUCAACAGAUGACCCUGUUAUACCAACUUCAGCAACUGCAAAUGGCGUACCAGCGUUUACAAAUCCAGCAGCAGAUGAUGCAGGCGCAACGCAAUGUUUCCGGCCCCAUUCGACAACAAGAGCAGCAAGUUGCACGUACAAUCACCAACAUGCAGCAGCAGAUCCAGCAGCACCAGCGUCAGCUGUACCAGGCGCUGCUGAUGAAGCAGCAGCAACUUCCUUCUCAUUCCUCUUCUUCCUCGUCCUCCUCCGCCGGUCUGCAUCCCCCUGGUGGCCCUCCCGGAGGCCCUGGCUCCGGCAAAUCAUCCCUGGACCCCUUCACAGGCCCACACCAGGCUCCGGGCCUCGCCGACACACUGCACACCAAAGAGCCGCCGUCUUCGCCCAACGCCUACAGCACCUACCCUCUCUCUGGACUGAAUCCAAACAUGAAUGUAAACUGCAUGGAGGUUGGGGGUCUCUCCCUGAAGGAGCCCCCCCAACCCCAAUCCCGCCUGUCCCAGUGGACACACUCCAACUCCAUGGACAACCUCUCUGGCAACUCUUCAAAUUUGGAGAACAACCUCAAUAAGCAUGGUGCCAUAUCUGCUGCCUCUUCCCUGGUUCCCCCGGGGAAGCCUCCUCACCUGGAGGACUCUUACAGCCCUUACAAUCUAAUCUCCAGCUCUGAGUCCCCCACCAGCCCCCUCGUGCCCCCUGACAGCUGGGGUCAGGGCAAGAGCCCCAAUGAAAAGAUUUCCAACGGGACCAACAUCAACUGGCCCCCAGAGUUUUGCCCAGGCGUGCCAUGGAAGGGUCUUCAGAACAUCGACCCUGAGAAUGACCCCAACAUGACCCCGGGCAGCGUCCCCAGCGGUCCCACCAUCAACACCAACAUCCACGACGUCAACCGAUACCUGCUGCGAGACAGGAACGGAGGUAAACUGUCUGACAUGAAGUCCACCUGGUCCCCGGGGCCCAUCUCUCAAAGCCAGGGCUCUCUUUCUCACGAGCUGUGGAAAGUCCCCCAGGGGCCACGCAGCACCACGGCCCCGUCCCGGCCCCCGCCGGGCCUCACCAACACCAAGCCCUCCUCCACCUGGGGCGGCAACUCCCUGGGUCUGAGCCAAGGCUGGAGUGGAUCCUACUCCUCUGAGGGAACUACGUGGAGUACCGACAGCUCCAACAGGACCAGCAGCUGGCUGGUGCUGAGGAAUCUCACCCCACAAAUUGACGGCUCAACUUUGCGGACGCUGUGCAUGCAGCACGGUCCCCUGAUCACAUUCCACCUCAACCUGACGCAGGGGAACGCCGUGGUGCGCUACAGCUCCAAGGACGAAGCUGCUAAAGCGCAGAAGUCCCUGCAUAUGUGUGUGCUGGGAAACACCACAAUCCUGGCAGAGUUUGCCGGUGAGGAGGAGGUGAACCGCUUCUUUGCACAAGGCCAGUCUCUGGGCGCAAACACCACGAGCUGGCAGGCCAACCCGGCAAGCAAUCAGAACCGGAUGGGCGGGGCGGCGCAGUCCCACUCGAUUGGCCAGUGGAGCAGCGGCGGAGGCAAGGCCAGCGGCGGCGGCGGCGGCGACCUGCUGUGGGGCGGCGUGCCCCAGUACUCCAGCCUGUGGGGGCCGCCCAGCGGAGAGGACGCCCGUGUGAUCGGGAGCCCGACACCCAUCAACACCCUGCUGCCUGGAGAUCUGCUGAGUGGGGAGUCCAUGUAGGACGACGCCACCGUACACUAACCAGCCAGCCCGACCGCCACCAUGUCAUGUAAGCCAUGGGUGGCGACAGGGAUGGGGAUUUAAAAAAAAAAAAAAAAAUUCAAUAUAAACAGGAGCAAAACCCAAGCAAAUCAUGUGGCGAUAAUCAGUAUCAAUUGGAACUGUUAUGAACUGUGAAUUGUGGAUCAGAAGGCUGUGGCUCCUCCCACACAGACUGCAGUCCUCAGUCCUUCUGCUUCACUUUACUCCUUUCCCUUUUUCGUUUACGUUUUAAGGAGAAAAACGACCUUUUUUUUUUUCCUUCCCCUUUUUUCAUAUUUUUGGAAAUGCAUUAUACAAAAGAAACCGAAAGGAGACACAACACAAAGAAACCUUUGAAGUGUUUUGAGUUUUUCCAUAAGUAUACAUGACAUUCUGUGUGAAGUGUUUUUAGGAGAAGCAAUCAAAGCUGCCAUCUGAGACUUUCCUUUUUCCCUCCAAAAAGAAAAAAAAAUAAAAACAAUACAAAUCAUCCCAAAAUAAGACUUAAAACAACCAUUCCCAGCAUAUUCAUGGCCAAUGAUGUUGUUCAAAGACCUUUACUAGUUAUGUUCAUGUUUGUUUCUCAGCACUAAUAUUAGCCUUAAGUGCUCUCUGGCCCAGGUCCUUCCCAAGCCGCCUUCUUUCGUUUGUUUUCUAACUGAUGAAAUAGCUGAAAUCUUGCACAGUUUCACCUCUGAGCCAGCAAGUGGUACAGGAACCGACUGGUGACCGACUCCGCCACCGGGCAGUGAGACUGCCUGGCCAUGUGACUGGCACUACCAAUCAUUUGCUUUUCAUUGACGACACGGCUCUCGUGCGUUCAUUUUUUUUUUUUUUUUUUUUUUCUUCAGUCAGAAUCCAAGCAAACCUUUUUCGACUUCGCAACAUAUAAGCUGAGAGGAGAUUGAUCGCCAGCCUCGCUGCAAGCCUGCUCCUGUGUGUCCGGUGGCACGAAAUCGCCUGCGAGUCCAGAUCCUUCUGGUCACCUUCAAGUCCCAAUCUGGUGCUUUGUCCAAUUCUUUUAUUGUCCCUUUUGUUAUGAAGCCCAGCGGACCUUUCUGGGCCGCUUUCUUUCUUUUCUCUCUCUCUGAGGAACAAAACAACAACAGAAAAAACACGUAUUUUACUUUCAUGUGACAGUCACAUUGUGCAAUAUUCUCCACAUACCUUUCUUCCGUCCAUACUCAGUGUCCAUUGGAGUUUGUCAAUCCCCCCGCCCCCCCCCUUUUUUGUUUUUUGAUUUAGUUUUCAUGGAUUGUUGCUGACUUCAGCAAAAAAAAAAAUGAUGUUGGAACUUCAAGGAAAAAAAAAAAAACUAAACAAAAAAAAAAAAAAAGAAACAUACCCCCUUUUCGAAACUUUGGAUUCCCUCCAGGCCACCAGCCCCCCCCUGAAACUGUUGGGAAAACUCUGCAAAGAGGAAGAAGGAGCUUGUUGAACUGUGCAUGCAGCAAAACUGUACCAACGGGGGACUCUGGGUACACAACAAGGCACACUUCCUCUCUGCGCGCCACAGCCACACCCAACAGAGACUGAAACCACGGGGGGGCCGGCCGGUCCUGGGCAUCUGGCACAAUACCAAAUAAGAGGGGUUUCUCCUAAUGCAGUAGACCUACGAGUGUUCCUUGCGUUUGGUACUGUACAAACAGAAGAGACUAAGACUUUUAUAAAUUCAAAGGGUUUUAUCAUAGCACUUAUGAAGAGCAAAUCGCUUCAACUGCAAUCCAAUAAAUCAAGAAAGGAGCAGGAAAAACAUUGAAAACGACGGAAAAAAAAAAAAAAAAAACGGCUGCUCCUUGUAUGUACUGUAUCUAUUCCAUGGAAAUGUGUCUGGCGUUGGUCCUCUGGUAGCAGGAUGAAGGG